AUAUCGGUGUGAGUAUGUUAUUCAUCCUCUGUGCGGCUGGGGUCUGCAGGACAGACUCCUGCAGCUGGGGAAGGAGGCAUGGGACUCUGGGAAAGGGAGGCAGUCAUUUAGGCCUGGAGCCAAGGGGCCAGGGGCCUGGGUAGGCAACAGAGCCACACAGUGACCUUGCUACCCUAUUUAUGGGCCAGCCACCACCUGCCCUCAUGCCCAGGGUCUUUCUGCAGGUGGAGCUGAAGAGCCAGGAGGCUCAGAGUCUGCAGCAGCAGCAGGACCAGUACCUGGGUCAUCUGCAGCAGUAUGUGGCCACCUAUCAGCAGCAGGUGGUCACCUAUCAGCAGCUGACCUCUGAGGAGGAGGAGCUGCACAACCAGUUACUGCUGCAGACCCAGCUCGUGGAUCGGCUGCAGCAGCAGAAAGCUCAAAGCAAAGCUGUGGCCAAGAUGGGCUGCCAAGAGUUGCGGGAGACCCAGGAGCGCCUGGAAGCUAUCAGCCAGCAGAACCAGCAGCCUCAGGCCCAGUUGAGCCUCAUGGCUCUCCCUGGGGAAGGUACCGGAGACUGCUCACAGGAAGAGGAGAGAGCCCCAGGAGGAAGCGGGAACUGUUAGCAGCAUAGGAUUGAGGAGCUGAAACAGACUUUUAGAACAGCUGGUCAUUAUGCCAACCAGGAGAUGGACAGUGAGGAGGAGGAGGAGGUGCCUCAGCCCAUGCCAAGCAUCCCGGAGGAUCUAGAGAGCCAGAAGGCCAUGGUGGCAUUUUUCAACUCAGCUGUAGCUAGUGCCGAGGAGGAGCAGGCACGGCUAUGUGGGCAGCUGAAGGAGUGCACUGCCAGCGCCUGGCUUAUCUGCUGGCCUCGGCCCAGAAGGAACCUGAGGCAGCAGCCCCAGCCCCAAGAACUGGGGGUGAUCCCAUGUGUGGGGAGACCCACCAGGCCCUGCAGGGGGCCAUGGAGAAGCUGUGGGAGAGUACAUCGCACUGUACCAGAGCCAGAGGGCAGUGUGGAAGGAGGAGGAGUGCAUCAGCAGGCUGGUCCAGGACAAGGGAGAGGUGAAGGUGAAGCUGCUGGAGCUGGCGUGGCUUGUGGAUGACUGCAACAAGUUGGCAUAGCAGAUUCCUGGCAGCUGCCCAGAACCCUGCUGAUGAGCCCACUCCAGGGGCCCCCGCCCCCCAGUAGCUUGGGGCUACUGACAAGCCAGGGUAGUAAGUAGAGUCCUCAGGCACAGUGGGCACGCAGGAGCAGGGGAGGGCUCACACAGCACCCUGCCUCCCUCUCUCCAAAGAUCUUUGUGAGGUGAGCCUUGCCAGCAGUGGGGAGUCUGCACAAGGAGAGGCGGGGAAGCAUUCUCCCUGUGACAACCCCACUGAGCAGCAGAUCAUGCAACUGCUUCAUGAGAUGCAGAACUUCCAGGAGCACCCAGGCUUGGGCAGCAGCCCUUGCAUUCCUUUUUUGUACCAGACUGAUGAGAACAAUGAGGUGAAGAUCACCAUCAUCUAAAAGCCGGCCACUGUCAGCAAAACCUGGGGAAGUGGGGCUGGAGGCUCUGCCCCUACCAUGUCCCUACCACCCCUUUCCAGUCAACCCUUUACCCUCACAGUAGCAAGCAUAAGACCCCUGUCUAAUGUGGGGAGACAGGUGGAGAUGAGGUGAAGAUCACCAUAAUCUAAAAGGCCACUAAAUAAAAAAAAAAAUUUUAAAAA